GUGGCAACUUUUCAUACAUAGCUUUUAGCUUUUUGUACGGGUAGUCAUUGGUUUGCGCCCCCUUUUUUGGGAUGCUGCCUCUACCACCACCCCCGGAUAUUGAUCAUUCAGUGGUGUAUAAAAAGCAUAAGAUAGGAGAGAGAAGAUUUUAGACAAACGGUACGAUGGCUGGGGGUUCUCGCUUCAUUUGGAUUCCCGUCCUUCUCUCCUGUGUCUUUCAAGCUUCUGACAACAGACAUGUCCGUCAGGAGGAGAUUCAAUUAAUUGGACGCUCAGAUAAUCCAGAGGUGGACCGCAUCCUUUCAAACAUCCCAAUAACCCUACCAGAAGGAAUUGAUCCCAGGAAUAUAAAUGUGACUUCAAUUACUAUCAAAACUUGUACCGGUGUGAAGGAGCAGCUGGUGCAGCUUAACACGCAGCUUCAGCAGACAAUUCUCCGCAACAUCCAACUGGGCAAUGAAGCCUUCGGGUCGAGGAGGGAACUCAGACAGCUGCAACUGCAGCUUGCCACAUGCAGCUCGACAGCCUCAGCUAUAACUGGCUCUUAUCAAGCCCAGUUACUCAACAAGAUGAAACAGCUUCUGGAGAGAUUUGAUAGUGAUACAUUUCUGAUCCUGAACAUUAUUGCACUCACCAGGGAGGUGAAUACAUUACAGAAGAAGAUCAAUCAUGCUGCUAAUGCUACUGAAACUACUGACAUCCAUGUUCUGCAGAGAGAGCUGCAACAGAAGAUCAAUGAACUAAGCGUAAAGAAGCAGCAGAUCGAAAGAAGCCACACCAACUCGGCGCUGAUUCUUCAGAUCAUCUCACUGCAAAAUGAGAUCUGGGAUUUGGAACAGACUGGAUCAAGAAGAGGAGAAACUAAUCCUCAGCCUGACAAGAGAAUUCUGGCUCUACAAGCACAGCUGGACGGGAAGAUCAGUGAGCUGCGAAGCAAAGGAGACGCAGACUCAGCUAUGCUGCAGCUGACUUUUGUGCACAGUAAGAUCGUGGCGAUUCAGAGGCUCAUCAGUUACCACAUUGAGGAAUCCAGAACUAAAGCUGCUGAUUACCAGAGGCAGUGGAGGCAAAAAGUUGAGCUCCUUAAAAAAAAGAUUUUACAGUUGACUCGUGAGGAGAAUAACCAAGACCUUACCCAGGAAAUUUUUAAGCUGCAGGCAGAAGUGGAUCGUCUUAGACUGUUAAUGACGAAUGCCAAAAAGACAACUGAUGCCCGAAUUAAAGAGCUAAGAGUUAUUUUGGAGGAAGAGAAGAAACAACAAGAAAACUUACAGAAACACCUCGAGGAAGCAGAUUAUGCCCAGGCACAACUGAUCGUGAAAAUCCUCGGCCUGAUGAAAGAGGUGAGAGAGCUGGAUGGUGAUCAGCAACACCAGACGACAUCAACAAGUCAAGGCACCACUCUUCAGACUGUGCUUCAAGCCAAAGAAAGGGAAUUUGCCAAAGCUCAGGAGGAAAUAAAUGAGCUGCAAAGGAAACUGCGUUUAAGGAGUGAAAAAUGUUCUGGUCUUGAGGAAAGAUAUGAGGAGGUAAAGACUGAAUUUGAACAGAAGAUUGCAGAACUGAACAGAACCGGAGACUCCAAAGCAGCACUCGUUCUGAACGUGAUAAACCUGCAUGAUGAUGUGAAGACUCUGACGGACCUGAUCUCCACCACACAGGAUCCAGACAGGAUCUUAGAGCUGCAGAGGCAGCUGCAGGAGAAGCAAGACGAACUGAACUCCAAGACUGCGGACAUAGAGAGCCUGAUUCCCCACCCAAAAAUAAUUUUAACAGUCAUUGAGCUGCAGAAUGAGAUAUGGGAGCUUCAGAAAAAGGCUGCCAACGGGACCACCGGUGGCCUUGUAGAAGAGUUGCAGACCAGAUUGGAUGGCCUAAUCAGUGAUAUAGGCGACGACAACACAAAACAGAUGCUGAAGAUCAUAACGCUGCAGAGUCAGGUGGAGCAGCUGCAGAGACGGUUGUCAGACCUCCAGACGUUAGGAGCCACUCAGGUAACCCAGCUCACAAAUGAUCUUGCAACCAAGAAGGAAGAGCUGCAGAAAUAUGUCAACGAGCUGAAUGAGAAGAAUCAGACAAACGCCAGAUUGAUUCUGGCAACCACUGAUCUGCGCAACCAACUCAGAAACCUAGAGAAAGAAAAGCACGAUGAGAGCAAAACAACGUCUGCUGCAAUCACUAAGCUGAGAGAACAACUGAAGGCAACAGUGGAGGAGCACUCUAGUGAUCAAGCUGAGAUCAAGGCUCUGCAGAAUAAACUGAACCAGACUGAGGGACAGUGUUCCAGUUUCGAGGACAAUCUUAAAGAUCUGCAGAACAACCUGGAUGCCAAAAUGAAGGAACUGCAGUCCAAAUCCGAUUCUGUAACUUCACUUGCUCUUCAGGUUUCCACAUUAACCCUGCAAUUGGAGGAGCUAAAGAGACAACUACAAAACACUGAAUCUGAAACCAAGAUAAAAGAACUUCAAAAAAUGAUAGAUGAGAAAAAAAAUGAGCUGGCCAAAAAAACAGAAGAGCUGAAAGAAAGAAGUUCUCAACCACAAAGACUUCUAGAGAUCAUUACAUUACAAACAGAGAUUGAGAAGUUGGCGAAUGUGGCAGCAAAUGACACAGAUUACAAUAAGAUUAAAGCACUCCAAGACCAUUUGAAUAAUUUGAUUGACGGAAUUCAAGAUGAAAACAAUGAAAAUACUAAACUGAUGUUUAAAAUCUUGGCUCAACGAGAUGAAAUAGCAAGAUUGGAGAAGCAAGAAAAUAGUCAGACACAAGCAGCUAUGGAGAAAAUUAAAGAUCUGGAGAAUGAACUGGAGGACAUCAGAAAUCAGAUAAAAGAAAAGACAAUGGUGCUGGACUCAAGUGAUACAAGGAUUUCUGAUUUGUCGACUCAGAUAAUGGAACUUCGCAAGAAAAUCAAACCACUGGAAGACGAGAUAUCCGACCUGAAAGAUACAAACGCUGAGAACGUCCAAGAGCUGCAAAAGAGACUGGAUUUGACGAAGAGGCAACUGCAAGACAGUGAAAAUCGACUCAAGGAUGCAGAUGCAAAGAAUUUUAACUCGAUAAUGGAGAUUGCUGAUCUGAGAACACAACUGAAAAAGGCCCAGAAAAAGGCAUCCAAAGCUGCUGUAAAAAAUAUCGACGAGUUGGAACAACAACUAGAAACACAACAAAAAGAGAACGGAAGACUGGAAAACACAAAUAAAGAGCUGCAGAAGAAACUCCAAUUAAAGAGUGAAAAAUGCUCUGGUCUUGAGGAAAGAUAUGAGGAGGUAAAGACUGAAUUUGAACAGAAGAUUGCAGAACUGAAUAGAACCGGAGACUCCAAAGCAGCACUCGUUCUGAAUGUGAUAAACCUGCAUGAUGAUGUGAAGACUCUGAAGGAUCUGAUCUCCACCACACAAGAUCCAGACAGGAUCUUAGAGCUGCAGAGGCAGCUGGAAGAGAAGCAAGACGAACUGAACUCCAAGACUGCGGACAUAGAGAGCCUGAUUCCCCACCCAAAAAUAAUUUUAACAGUCAUUGAGCUGCAGAAUGAGAUAUGGGAGCUUCAGAAAAAGGCUGCCAACGGGACCACCGGUGGCCUUGUAGAAGAGUUGCAGACCAGAUUGGAUGGCCUAAUCACUGAUAUAGGCGACGACAACACAAAACAGAUGCUGAAGAUCAUAACGCUGCAGAGUCAGGUGGAGCAGCUGCAGAGACGGUUGUCAGACCUCCAGACGUUAGGAGCCGCUCAGGUAACCCAGCUCACAAAUGAUCUUGCAACCAAGAAGGAAGAGCUGCAGAAAUAUGUCAACGAGCUGAAUGAGAAGAAUCAGACAAACGCCAGAUUGAUUCUGGCAACCACUGAUCUGCACAACCAACUCAGAAACCUAGAGAAAGAAAAGCACGAUGAGGGCAAAACAACGUCUGCUGCAAUCACUAAGCUGAGAGAACAACUGAAGGCAACAGUGGAGGAGCACUCUAGUGAUCAAGCUGAGAUCAAGGCUCUGCAGAAUAAACUGAACCAGACUGAGGCACAGUGUUCCAGUUUUGAGAACAAUCUUAAAGAUCUGCAGAACAACCUGGAUGCCAAAAUGAAGGAACUGCAGUCCAAAUCCGAUUCUGUAACUUCACUUGCUCUUCAGGUUUCCACAUUAACCCUGCAACUGGAGGAGCUAAAGAGACAACUACAAAACACUGAAUCUGAAACCAAGAUAAAAGAACUUCAAAAAAUGAUAGAUGAGAAAAAAAAUGAGCUGGCCAAAAAAACUGAAGAGCUGAAAGAAAGAAGUUCUCAACCACAAAGACUUCUAGAGAUCAUUACAUUACAAACAGAGAUUGAGAAGUUGGCGAAUGUGGCAGCAAAUGACACAGAUUACAAUAAGAUUAAAGCACUCCAAGACCAUUUGAAUAAUUUGAUUGACGGAAUUCAAGAUGAAAACAAUGAAAAUACUAAACUGAUGUUUAAAAUCUUGGCUCAACGAGAUGAAAUAGCAAGAUUGGAGAAGCAAGAAAAUAGUCAGACACAAGCAGCUAUGGAGAAAAUUAAAGAUCUGGAGAAUGAACUGGAGGACAUCAGAAAUCAGAUAAAAGAAAAGACAAUGGUGCUGGACUCAAGUGAUACAAGGAUUUCUGAUUUGUCGGCUCAGAUAAUGGGACUUCACAAGAAAAUCAAACCACUGGAAGACGAGAUAUCCGACCUGAAAGAUACAAACGCUGAGAACGUCCAAGAGCUGCAAAAGAGACUGGAUUUGACAAAGAGGCAACUGCAAGACAGUGAACAUCGACUCAAGGACGCAGAUGCAAAGAAUUUUAACUCGAUAAUGGAGAUUGCUGAUCUGAGGACACAACUGAAAAAGGCUCAGAAAAAGGCAUCCAAAGCUGCUGAGAAAAAUAUCGACGAGUUGGAACAACAACUACAAACACAACAAAGAGAGAACAAAAGACUGGAAAACACAAAUAAAAAGCUCACAAAUGAUCUAGCAACCAAGAAAGAAGAGCUGCAGAAAUAUGUCAACGAGCUGAAUGAGAAUCGUCAGAUAAACGCUAAAUUGAUUCUUAACGUCACUGAUCUGCACAACCAACUCAGAAACCUAGAAAAAGAAAAGCACAACGACAACGCAACAUCGUCUUUAACAGUUACUCAGCUGUGGGAACAACUGAAGGCCAAGAUGGUGGAGCACUCUCGUGAUCCAGCUGAGGUCGAGUUCCUUGACACUCUGUUUCAAGCCAAAGAGAGGGAACAUGCUACUGCUCAGGCUGAGGUCAAAGAGCUGCAGAAGAAACUCCAAUUAAAGAGUGAAAAAUGCUCUGGUCUUGAGGAACGAUAUGAGGAGGUAAAGACUGAAUUUGAACAGAAGAUUGCAGAACUGAACAGAACCGGAGACUCCAAAGCAGCACUCGUUCUGAACGUGAUAAACCUGCAUGAUGAUGUGAAGACUCUGAAGGAUCUGAUCUCCACCACACAGGAUCCUGACAGGAUCUUAGAGCUGCAGAGGAAGCUGGAGGAGAAGCAAGACGAACUGAACUCCAAGACUGCGGACAUAGAGAGACUGAUUCCCAACUCCAAAAUAAUUUUAACAAUCAUCGAGCUGCAGAACGAGAUAUGGGACCUUCAGAAAAAAGCUGACAAUGAGACCACUGAUUUGCAAAACAGGGUGGAUGGCCUUAUCAGUGAAAUAGACGACAAAGGCGACGACAACACAAAAAUGAUGCUGAAGAUCAUAACGCUGCAGAGUCAGGUGGAGCAGCUGCAGAGCCAGUUGUCAGACCUCCAGAUGUUACGAGCCUCUCAGGCAACCCAGCUCGCAAAUGAUCUUGCUACCAAGAAGGAAGAGCUGCAGAAAUAUGUCAACGAGCUGAAUGAGAAGAAUCAGACAAACGCCAGAUUGAUUCUGGCAACCACUGAUCUGCACAACCAACUCAGAAACCUAGAAAAAGAAAAGCACGAUGAGGGCAACACAACGUCUGCUGUAAUCACUAAGCUGAGAGAACAACUGAAGGCAACAGUGGAGGAGCACUCUAGUGAUCAAGCUGAGAUCAAGGCUCUGCAGAAUAAACUGAACCAGACUGAGGGACAGUGUUCCAGUUUCGAGAACAAUCUUAAAGAUCUGCAGAACAACCUGGAUGCCAAAAUGAAGGAACUGCAGUCAAAAUCCGAUUCUGUAACUUCGCUUGCUCUUCAGGUUUCCACAUUAACCUUGCAACUGGAGGAGCUAAAGAGACAACUACAAAACACUGAAUCUGAAACCAAGAUAAAAGAACUUCAAAAAAUGAUAGAUGAGAAAAAUAAUGAGCUGGCCAAAAAAACAGAAGAGCUGAAAGAAAGAAGUGCUCAACCACAAAGACUUCUACAGAUCAUUACAUUACAAACAGAGAUUGAGAAGUUGGUGAAUGUGGCAGCAAAUGACACAGAUUACAAUAAGAUUAAAGCACUCCAAGACCAUUUGAAUUAUUUGGUUGACGGAAUUCAAGAUGAAAACAAUGAAAAUACUAAACUGAUGUUUAAAAUCUUGGCUCAACAAGAUGAAAUAGCAAGAUUGGAGAAGCAAGAAAAGAGUCAGACGCAAGCAGCUAUGGAGAAAAUUAAAGAUCUGGAGAAUGAACUGGAGGACAUCAGAAAUCAGAUAAAAGAAAAGACAAUGGUGCUGGACUCAAGUGAUACAAGGAUUUCUGAUUUGUCGGCUCAGAUAAUGGGACUUCACAAGAAAAUCAAACCACUGGAAGAGGAGAUAUCAGACCUGAAAGAAACAAACGCUGAGAACGUCGAAGAGCUGCAAAAGAGACUGGAUUUGACAAAGACGCAACUGCAAGACAGUGAACAUCGACUCAAGGACGCAGAUGCAAAGAAUUUUAACUCGGUAAUGGAGAUUGCUGAUCUGAGAACACAACUGAAAAAGGCUCAGAAAAAGGCAUCCAAAGCUGCUGAAAAAAAUAUCGAUGAGUUGGAACAACAACUACAAACACAACAAAGAGAGAACAAAAGACUGGAAAACACAAAUAAAGACUUAAAGCAAGAGGUCAAGGAACUAAAAAUGUGCUGCACCGAUGUCAACACCGAGUGUGACGAUUUACAAAGACAACUGCAACAGAGCCAGGAGGACACGGAUCGCCUGCAGCAGCAGCUGCAUGAUAAGGAUGCCACGCUCGACCGGCUGCAGCAGGAGUUAGAAGAAAAGAGCAGGGAUAACAACACAACGCAGCAAGAAAACAACAACUUAGAGAGACAGCUGCAACAGAGCCAGAAGGACCGGGAUCGCCUGCAGCAGCAGCUGCAUGAGCAGGAUGCCACGCUCAACCAGCUGCAGCAGGACUUAGAAGAACAGCGCAGGGAGAACAACACAUUGCAGCAUGAAUACGACAACUUAGAGAGACAGCUGCAACAGAGCCAGAAGGACCAGGAUCGCCUGCAGCAGCAGCUGCAUGAGCAGGAUGCCACGCUCAACCAGCUGCAGCAGGACUUAGAAGAACAGCGCAGGGAGAACAACACAUUGCAGCAUGAAUACGACAACUUAGAGAGACAUCUGCAUGAGAAGGAUGCCACGCUCAACCUGCUGCAGCAGGAGUUCGAAGAACAGACCAGGGAGAAUAACAGGCUGCAGGCAGACAUUGACAACCUGCUGAAUGAGAAGAACAAACUUGAGGGUGAUGUAGAAGAUCUUCAAAACAAACUGACUGAUGUGGAGGAUACGACGGUCUUUGCCAGUAAAAUGACCUUGGAUCCAAACACAGCACACCCAAGAAUAGCUCUGUCUGCAGAUAACACCGAGGUGUCCACUAGGGAGGAAAUACAAGAUGUCCCCGACCAUCCAGGCCGGUUCGACGGGGUCCUCGCCGUCCUUGGCAAGACUGGCUUCUCAACUGGCAGACGUUACUGGGAGGUGUCUGUAGCUGGGAAGUCUUGUUACCACCUCGGGAUGGCCAGUGAAUCUGCUCAAAGAAAGGGAGCGAUAAGAUUCAGUCCAACCAAUGGUUACUGGACCGUGGUCCUGAGCAAACAGGGUCAGUACAGAGCUUUUGAUAGGAGACAAGUUAUUAUUCCAGUUCAGAUCCAACCUGUUACACUGGGAAUUCUGCUGGACUACAAAAAGGGACAGAUCUCAUUUUACGACGCUGGCACCAGAUCUCAUAUGUACACAUUUGUAGGUCAAACGUUUACAGACAAAAUCUAUCCAUUUAUCGAUUUUUGUGUCGAGGAUGAUGGAGGUCGCACACCAAUAGUGUUACUCUCUCCUGGAUCGGUUGAGUGGAUAAAAUAGGGAACAGGUUAUGUUUUGUUCUGUGGGUCAAAUCUUAGCCAUGUAUCAUUCAUCUCAGUAGGUAAUAAAAUAAUCCCUGUGACUGCAGAUGAGUUCUUACACAUACUUCUGAUGAAUGUUUCAGACAAUAAAUCAACAACCAACAUACAAUGAUGCAUUUUGUUUAUUUUUCUAUGUUUGAAAAAGAAUUUGUCCUCAUGUCCUCGUCAUUCCAGGUGUUCCAAUCGCUAGGCCCAAUACAGAAAAAUUAAGCCUGUAAGUUUAAUUAUGUUACAGCCAGAUGUUAAACAUCUGUUUAUUUCCAAGUUCACACCACUGGGUCACUAGAUGGCAGAACUUCACCCAUGAUGAAAGUUUUAAGCAAAAAGUUCUGAACUUGAUAAAAAAAAAAAAGUGGUAUAGUGUGUGAUGUAGCCCUGGAGAACCCA